GCCGGCGCCGUUGAAUCCCGACCCUCCGGACAAGAACCUGCAGUUUCUUUCUUCCAUCGAAGCCGCGCCUCCUCGAAGGCGGAAUUGAUCCUUCCUCCCGCGCUGUCCGCUCGACCUGCGUGCUGCCCCCUUCCCUCUCCGGCUCUCCGCCCCUACUCGGCCUUCUCAGCCGCUCUCCAUCAGCUCGGCGAGGUCAAUCUACCAGGUUGAGAACACUCUACACUGCAAUCAACAAGCUAUUGCCUCUACCACUCCAUCACCAGCAAUAUGCAUCAGUUUGAGCAACAGAAACAAAACUGAUGCAUGCAAUGUCUCAAAGUCCAAACAGUAUAACGGUAAUAGUGCUCCUGGAGUUGCUGCCCAUGCAACCCAUCCACAGUCUCGUAGUGUUAAAUUGAUGAACAUCAGGUCCCUCACUUUCUCAAGUUCACAAGAGUAAAUGGGAGCUGAUGAUUUACUUCGCAAAGGCAAAAAGCGGAAGAGAACCACACAAGCCAUUCAAAUAAACCUCAAUGAUCAGCAUGGAAUAGAAAAUACACAUCUAACCGAGCUACCUUCUUCUGACAAUGCCUGCCAAUAUGUGAAGGACAGACUAACAGGGAACAUCACCUGCAUGGUGUGUGGUGAAGAAGGGCAUGACACUUGUGAUUGCUCCAUGAAGGAUAAAGAGGAAAAAGUGAUAUGCACUCUUUGCAACAGGGUUGGCCACUGUCAUUUGUGGUGUUGCCGACAGAAUGUGUCGGAGAAUCAUGCUUGCCAUCGUUGUGGUGAAAAAGGACACUACACUAAGAAGAAGCUCAGUUGUGGUCAACAGUGCGGUCAUAGUAAGGAUAUCAGUUGCUCCAGUUGUGAUAUGAGCCAUCAACUUGGAAAAUGUCCUAUGGGAGACAUUACAUGUUUCGUUUGUGAAGGCAAAGAUCAUGUGCCUGCACAUUGCCACUUGAGGCCCGUGCUCACUGCAGUAACUGAGUAUCAUCGAGAUAGUUUCCGUGCCACUCUGAAAAAGGCAAUGACAGAAAUGAGGAGAUCAUUAACACCAGUAAAACCAUCCGGAGAAUUUCCACAUGAUGAAGAGAUACCCAAGGUCUCAAACUUCAGUAGUAGUGGGGAUGGCCAUUCGGAGAGGAAUAACACCAUCAGAAGUGGGGUAGCUGACUCCGACAAGACCAGCCAUGCUACAAUAACGGACAAGGCACUAGCACUAGUAUCAAAGUCAACCUGCCUCAACUGUCAUGAAGAAGGCCACUCUGCAAAUAAAUGCUCUAGAAAGAAGCCACUAAAUGAUGUCACCUGUUGCAAGAAAAAGCUAUCUGAAGAAUUGGGGCUCUGUGAUGUCACCUGCUUCAUAUGUCAUGAUAAAGGCCACAAAUCAUAUAGCUGCCCCGCAAAGAAACCACCUGGAGAAUUGGAGCCAUGUGAUGAUACCCAUGAAUGCCCAUUUAAGGGAGGCAGUGAAACGGCACCUGAAGUCUCAAGAUUAAGUCAUGGUAAGGAAGACAAUUGUUAUAGCAAGAGCCCCAGCAGAAGUCAGGCACCAUACUCUGACAAGGCUAGCCAUUCGGCAAUGAGGAACAAUGAAGUAACACUAGUAUCAAAACUUGCCUGCUUCAAUUGCCAUGAAGAAGGCCACUAUAAAAAUAGAUGUCCUAGAAAGAAGCCUCCUAAAGAAUUAGAGCUACAUGAUGCCAUCCAAAUCAAUUUCCAUGUGAAUAGCUCUGCCAAGAAGAAAACUGGAAAAUUUGAGCUAUCUGAUGUCACCUGCUUCAAAUGUCGAGACAAAGGCCACAAAUCAUAUAGCUGUCCCAACAAGAAGUCACUUGGAGAAUUGGAGCUAUCUGAUGUCACCUGCUUUAAAUGUCAUGACAAAGGCCACAAAUCAUACAACUGUCCCGAGAAGAAAUCACCUGGAGAAUUGGACCUAUCUGAUUUCACCUGUUUCAAUUGUCAUGACAAAGGCCACAAAUCAUAUAGCUGUCCAACAAGAAACCUCCAAGAUAAUAGGAGCCAUAUGAUGAUAGCUGUUAGCACCGAUUUGAAGGAGGCAAUGAAAGAAAGGUUACCUAAUGUCACAUUGUCACACGAUUAAGUUGUGGUAGGCAAGAUUAUUUUGAUAGGAACAGCCCUGUCAAGAGUCAGUUGUCAGCAUCUGACAAGACCAACCCUGCAAAAAAUAUGGAUGAGUCACUGACACAAGCGUUAAGAGUUAAUUGCUAUAGAACACAAAGGCGACGCAAAAGAAGCUGAAGAACAAACUGCAGAAAGCGAACAAAGGUGUUGUAGAUUGAGGUCAGGCUAUUGCUAUCGUCACAUUUAUCGUAUUAAUUUUUGUGAUCCUUAUCCUAGACAAGUGCAUUUUUACUCUUCCUCUGAUUCUAUUUUUGUAGCUUCUCUCUGGUUAGAAAUGUUUUUCAGUAGCCUAUUUCGCAAGUCGACGUCAUGAGAUAACUGUUUUGAGCACCCAAAAUUUUCCUUUUCCUUUUCCUUCACCUCUUGCUGUCUUUUUGUACCUUGCAUAGUGCCAAUAUAAACAAAUUUCCUUGGGCUCAUUUUCA